AUGCAAGAACUCAUGACUGGCGGCGACCUGUUCUCCUACAUCUUCUACAAGGGCGGUGUUCUGGGCAACACUCUGAGCGCAGUCAUUACUCGCCAGCUACUAAAAGCUGUCGAAUACUUGCACGACAAUGGCAUCGUACAUCGCGAUAUCAAACCCGAGAACAUCCUAAUGUCUUCCUGGCAUCAGAGUACUCGCGUCGUCCUGACUGAUUUCGGAAUAGCAAAGCGGAUCAGUCGGUAUAGUGUCUCAACCAGCCAGCCGGGCAGGAUCUCCCGCAUGUUCUCGACCUGUGGCACGUACGGCUUUACGGCUCCUCUUGCUUUCAACCACCGGGAUGGCGACCAAGACAUUGGCCAGAUCAAUUCACGUUCCGUCUCCGCAUAUGAUCUAUCUCAAAUCGACCAAGGCAAGCAGGACUGGAAGGAAGUACCGAAGAGAGCGAGAGAAUUCGUCAUGUCUCUGCUCGUGUUGCAAGAGGAGAAGCGUUCAACAGCCAAGAGAGCGCUUGAGCAUUCCUGGUUUACCAACCGCAUCUGCGCUGAGGGCUACAACGCUGUCUACGAAAAUGCCAUUCGCGAUUGGAAGCCAAGCACUACGUCCAAGGAGGAUAUCAUUGUCCAUGUAGAUACCAGCGAUAUCCCUGUCCCAACUCCAAGCGCUUCGCAAGUGGUUCGUCAACGAUCCGACUCUGCAGUCGUGCAGUCGAAGUUCUUUCAGCUGCCUGAGGAGGACGAUUAUGAGAAAAUGGAUUCAUCUUCAACUCCUGGCCACCUAUCCGAGCAUGAAAUAGACACAAAUGAUCAUCUGGCCGCAAGCCCUGCAUCUCAACCAUCGCAGAGUAUUGAAGACCAACCUGCCUCAUCCGAUCCUCUUUCAGGCACCACAACUCGCUCUCUACAUCCUUCUUCACACACCUCGCCGCAACCCGGACCGCCCCCUCGGUCUUCAGGCCGCAACCAAGACCUCGACGUAUUGCAGCCUUCAGCACAACUCUGUCCACUACAAUCCUCAGAUCCAGACCAGGACCUUGACUCUCUGAAACCUUCAGCACAACUCAGAAAGCCGCAGGCAUCACCAGAGUUCACGUGGCCUUCAUCGCCGCCCAAUAAGCGCAAUAUGCGUUUGCCUUCGCCUGAGUUCCCUUGGGUGUGA